AUGCCUGAGAUGCUGGACCAUAGUGGCAUGACUGUGAAACCAUUCAAGGGACUCUUCGUAUGUCAACCCACACUCAGUUUGAGUGAUGAUGAUGAUCUUGUUUACUUCAUGACCAAGGCGAAGAGCAUGGAUGGCAAGGCUUGGGUGAUUGCUGUGGACAUGAAGAACAACACAUUACAAGGAGUGGAUGAGUUUGUUGCGGAAAGGACUAUCGGCGUGGAUUUUGGCUAUAUGCACAGUAGGAUAUCCAAAUAUCUGACGGCAGCCCCAGGUAAUCAUGUUCGAGCAAUGCAACCCUCAUCCCAUGGUUACUUCUACAAAUCUUUUGGUUCUGUUGUUGCAUUGUCCCAGUAUUAUCGCAAAUCGCCUGCUAAACUAGUUCAGUCCAUAUACUCGCUGAUGAGUGGGUCAUGGGUGUCUAAAUGCCAUGUCCACUCCAGGCCACAAAUCCAGACAAGGUCGAUCGUUUGCAACAGAUGUGAUUGUGUUGUCCCAGUGAGGCAGUGA